AUGGCGCCCUUGUUCAGUGCCAAUCCCUCGACUCUUUGUGGCAAGAUUAGUACUUUAACUGCGGGAAAGAGAACACGUUUUGAAGUCCAGAUUCCGGCAAAUAUAACAGCAUCAUUCCCUGUCUCUCUCGUCUCUGUUUCCAAUGAUAGUAAGAAGCUUCCAAAACCGUACGUGUACGAGGAUAUUCUGACUGAAUUGCUGAACAAAAUCACUUGGACACCAUCAAAUAUUACCUAUAUUAACGACCAGGUCGACACAAAGAUCAUGAUGGAGAAGUAUUUCCUGGCCUCGGAACGUAUCUCACACCUAUGGGACUUCUAA